GGGCGUGGCUGCGGAAUUACCCCCGAAAGGUCGCGGGCGAAGCUUGCCCUGGGAUCUGCUUCCGGAGCAGCCGGAAGACGCGGGAGUCGCGACCCCAGUCCCGGGUAAGGCUAGGAGCCGCGCAGGCCUGGGCGAGUGGCACGGCGCGGCGCCGGGACUCCUGGGCUCCCUGUCCGGCCCCGCCGCCGGCGGUCUCCUGGCGCGGAGGAGGGAAGCUGAUGUGGCAGCUGUAGCCAUGUGGUCAGCUGAUGAGGUUGCUGGUCUGUGCUACGCACAUUAUAGCACCAAGCUUCCUAAGCAGGGGAAGCCGGAUCCUAACCGGGAGUGGACUUUACUGGCAGCUGUGGUUAAAGUGGAGUCUGCACCUGAAAGAGAGGCUUGCCUUAAUGUUGGGAAUCUGCAGGUAACUAAGGAAGUUGUUGCUAUGGGGACUGGAACUAAAUGCAUUGGCCGUGCAAGAAUGAGGAAAACUGGGGAUAUUCUCAACGACAGUCAUGCUGAAGUAGUUGCCAAGAGGAGUUUCCAGAGGUAUCUCCUCCACCAGCUGUGGCUGGCAGCCUCACACCAACAGGGCAGCAUCUUCAGCCCAGGGACUGAGAGUGGGAAAUGGAAACUCAAACCCCAUAUCACCUUUAUUUUUUUCUGCAGCCAUACCCCCUGUAAGUACAUAAGAGCCAAUCCCUCGCCCUCUCAUCCCUGCCUGAUGCAUCUGAGCCAGCUACCCCAACCAUGGCUGAGACAGGGUGGGGAUGCCUCCAUUAUUCCAAUGACCAAACCAGAGGACCAGCCUUGUGAGCUGGUUAGUAGAAAAGAUCCAAGAAGGCAUUCAGCCGAGUGCAGUGGCAACCAUGAUCCUGUGGGUCCAGAAAAUAAAAGGAAAACAGAGGAAACUGCAAGUGAUCAUGUGAUCAAGAGAAUGAAAACUGUCAUCAGUGAUUCUACAUGUGAGGUCACUGAAAGAAUAGCUGCUCAGUAUGUUCCUGGCAAUCAACAAAACGUACAAGACACAGAUCCCAGCUGCUCUGAAUUUAUUACAGAUGGACAAAGACAGAUCUUAACGUGUGCUAAGGAGACUGGACUAAUAGGAGCCAAAGUGAUGGAUGUUUAUAGAACUGGAGCAAAGUGUGUGCUGGGAGAGAGGGAUGAUGCUCGGAGACCUGGGGUAGAAUAUCAUCAUGUUGGGUUACUACGAGUGAAGCCAGGCCGUGGAGACAGGACCUGCUCCAUGUCCUGCAGUGAUAAACUAGCUCGCUGGAAUGUACUGGGCUGUCAAGGAGCCCUCUUGAUGCAUUUCCUACAGCACCCGGUGUAUCUCUCAGCAGUUGUAGUGGGGAAAUGCCCAUAUAGCCAAGAAGUCAUGCGGAGAGCAGUUAUUGAAAGGUGUCAGCACAUCUCAUUUUUACCAGAUGGUUUCCAUGUUCAGGAGGUGAAAAUGUUGCAGUCAAAUCUUCAGUUUAAACAUAGCCGCCAUGCAAUUCAGGCAGCUCACGCUAAUGGCAAAGCAAAGCUUGUUCCUUGUGGAGCAGCUAUCAGCUGGAGUGCUGUCCCUGAGCAACCUCUAGAUGUCACCUCAAAUGGCUUCAAGCAGGGAACAACAAAGAAAGGAAUCGGAAGUCGCCAGACCAGGUCCCGGAUCUGUAAGGUGGAACUUUUCCAUGUAUUCCAAAGGCUGAUGGCUAGUAUUUCACAGGAGAAUCUGCCAGAAUCUCUCAGGGAGAAGAAGUUGGAGACCUACUGGGAGUACAAGGAAGCUGCAGCAAACUAUCAAGAAGCUUGGAAAGCGUUGCAUAGCCAGGCCCUAGGAACCUGGGUCAAGAAUACGAAGGAUUACCUGCAGUUUACAUAAAAUGGCAGCUGUGUGAGCCCAGCAUUGAUGGAGCCUUCAGACACAGAGUGGGAGAUGUUGCUUUAGAGUGUGGGCCAAAUUCUGGCUGUCAGUUGAAGGCAGCACUUUGUCUCUAAGGCCCAGCUGUUUAAAGGGAUUUGAGUCAUUGCAAUGCCUGACUGAUUUAGGAGACUAAAUCCCAUUUUCCAAGGGAGCGUGGGAUUUAGGCUGAGCACAGCAACACCUCAAUACCUUUAAAAAUCUGAGCCUGAGCUCUGAGGGAGGGGGAUAGAAAAGGGAACUUGUUAUGGCUGCUUGCGUAUGUCAUUCUUUACGAAAUAUAAAUUAGAUCCCAGUGGGCUUGGGUGGUCACUUCUGAGCUGCAUGUACCAUGGCAUAUGUCAAGGCUGAAUCCUCACUCUGGCACUUUGAAUGCAGAAGGUGGGGGCCCGCAAAGAUUUUAAAAAUUAAUACUUGCCACUCCAGGCUUGUAUUAAGCUCCCAAGGUUACAGCUUUUCUCUGACCUUGGCUUGGUAAACGCCACCACCGAAAUGCAAAAACCCACUUGAACCUAGGAAGGAGCACUUGGGAAUUCCUCCCUGUGGGGUACCCUCAAGCUCUUUCACCCCCCUUCAGGGAAGAGCUGAGAAAGAAAACAAAGGAAAUUAGCUGUUGCCACCAGGCAAUUAAACAACAUAUGCACAAACCUCUUAGGACACCAAAAAUCCAAUUUUGUUCUUAAGAAAGGUAAAUUUUAUUAAAAACAAAAAGAAAGAAAAUACAUCUGGAACUUAGGCUUUUGCUAGAUUUUAAAGGAGUAAUUCCAAAAAUGAAGCACCCAAAAUAGCUUUCUUGGGGGUUCAUCUUAAAGGUUACAAGCAAACAAAAGCAUCUGGGGUUAGCACAGAGGAGAUCUACAAGCCUUACAGAAAUAAAGGAAAUAACCCUAAUUGUGUCUUUCUAGACAUUUUCUGAUCUACUUGCAUAUUUGGGGGAAUACCAAGUAAUUCUAGGUAUGAUCUGAUGAUUUCUCAUACCUGGCUUAAAGCUGCUUCUAACAAUGCAGCUACGUGUCUCCUCUCUCCAGAGAACAACCACAGACAACAAGGGGGAGUUUUGUUUCAAUUUUUUAAAGUUCUAGCCAUCCCAUUGGCUCUUUUGGUCAGGUGCCCACUCCUUUCUUUUUACCUGUGGACUUUUUAACCCUUUACAGGUAAAGCAAGUAGAGAACAGCUACUCAGAGGGAUUUUAUAGCUAGCUGGCUGGCCGAGUGUCCAUAAAAGAGAGCUAGUCCCCCCCCUUCAUUUAUCACAGCGUAUGAGUAGGGGAACUUCUGAUCCAUCUACUACAAACUCUGAUGUAUUUGACAAGGGAGAUGAAAGUAGGAAGGGGAGACAUGCCAGCCUUUCCUUCUGCUGCAGAAGAGAUACAGCACCCAAACCUGUUGGUUUGGCACUAUAUGUUCUCUCAUACCUCCAAGCCAAGACCAAUCCCAGAGGACCGAGGUAUCUAAUCACCCCACUGAUGAGAGAUAAUGUGACAAGAGUUGGGUAAAAAAUGGGGCUUUUAAUCAGUCAUUUUAUUUUUUAUAUCCAGAUCGUUCCAUAAAUGCCUCCACAUUUUACAGUGGGAAGGUUUUUAAAAAAAAUCUGAAUCAGAGAGCAGAAAGGAUGCUGUAUUUCAAUUAAAAACAAUUUUCAGUGAGAUAAGAAAGUAUGAAGUCUAAGCCAACAGACACAUGACAGAAAUACUAACACUGAGACACCCAAGCUUUUUAUUAACCAUUUCUCCUUGGGAAAACAGAUCUUGGUUGUACCAUUAAGGCCCUCAGUGUUACCAUUUGGCUUGUGCCAUGUGUUAACUGAGCCUGGUAGAAGCUGGAGGGGCUUGUGGUAGCAAUAUACAGUCCCUGACAGGCUUUGCUUUAAUAUAUGGGUCUAAGCAAAAUAUUACUAGAUAUCAGCAUGGCAGAACAGUCUAAGACUAGUGGAAAAUGUCCUAGUUAAACUAGAAGCAUGUGGUCCACCCAGAUUCUUCCAUCUGGGGAGUUGACUGUUCACGUGGUCAUAUUUUAUUUCUUUAGCCCGAUGCUGAGAUUAUAUAAUCACCCAAGAGCCACUGUUCAUUCAGACUUCUGUCCUGCUAUAGCCUAAAUUUUACAAAACCAUUGAGCAUGGUGAUGGCAGCUGUAUCCUGCUCUAAUGCAUAGGAGGGAGAAAAGGAGCUAAACCUAUUGCCUUCCUUGCCAAUCCUUUUGGUUUACACAGUGGCUAAAUUAUGGUUUCCUGUAGGAAGUGAUAAAGCUGUAGGAGGAGAAAACCUGAGUCUGAUCUGUCUAGUCCCAUACUUUUCAUAGCCAGCAUCAACAUCCCAGGCCCUCUUGAAAGAACUGAGCCAGUGUAGGGGUAAAGGAGUUGAUAUCUAGAACUUGUGUAAGGAACCAGCAGGUCAAGCCAGAUCCCAAUGUAUUUUGGAGUUGGGGUGAAAUGCAGGAAUGUGAAGCAUCUAGGAAGAAGGUAUGGUCACUUAAGAUGGAGAAGCAGCAGGUCUUAGCAGUUAGUGUACUAUAAUACACUAAUAUAAAAACGAACCAGUAUAUUUUCAAACUCAUUACCUCCGCCCUUUCCUAAAGUCUUGUGAGAUACCAUGUAGCCAGCGUAAACCAGAUCUUCUGAAUGUGCUUGUUUUCCCCCUUUGUUAUUCAUAAACAAGGUCUCCAGUGAACCUGCAAACCAGACUGGAAUGUUUCCAUUUCCUCUCUAGCUGUAAUGUUAGAACAAGUUGUAUAAGGCUAGUUAUCCUGCAGCGGUCUAGCUUUUAGAUCAGCGAUUGGGAGAUGUAGGGUUUUUUUUAACUCUUUCCUAAGCUUUCAGCCUUGCUGUUCACAGGGUGAUUGGCUCUGGGAUGUUUCCCUGUGCUUUUAUACAGUGUGCCUGUUUUUACUAAGGCAUGGCAGGGGGAACCAGCAGCUUUGGGGCUUCUGCCCGGUGUCAUUAAUCUCAAUUUUGGGAUGGGGACAAUGAGAGAGUCAGACAUGCUGCAGCCUAGAUGAGUUGUUGGUGAACCCACACCAGAGGGCAAGAAUUAAAACAACAAACAAAACAGCACUUGAAAGACUCCUUGGCUGAGCUUGUGAGGCCUUACACACAAUUUAAUGUUGGCAGUGCUGUUGCAGGAAUGUUGGUCCCAGGAUAUUAGAGAUACAAGGUGGGGUGAGGGAAUAUCUUACUAGACCAACUGCUGUUGGUAAAAGAGAUGGACUUUGGAAGCUUGUUUCUUUCACCAACAGAAGUUGGUCUAAUAAAAGAUAUUCCCUCAUAUCCCUUGUCACUCAAUGUAAUGACAUUUCUCUCUUUCAUGAGAAAAAAGGGUUGAACAUCACAUCUGAUCAACUCCAAAAUUUCAGGUACUUGUUGAGGCUGGGGGAUAGAUCCCUACUGAGUUUUGGUGAAAAGGAUGAGGGGGGACAGAGUCUGGUGGCAUCUGGUUAGCAGAGCUAUCAACUUAACCCUUCUCUGUAAUUGGCUACAGAUCACAGAACCAGUUAAGACAAACAUUAACACAUUUCCCCAUAACAGCUGUCAAACUAUUGGCAGGUUGAUAGUACUAAAUUUUUGACAUCUUGAAACAGAAAGGAAAGAAUGGAGAAUAAGGCGGGGAGGAAUGGGGUGUGUGCACACAGAGCCCCUGGCAUGUUGGGGAAUUGGGGAGUGCAUACAACCUCUGGUGGGGGUAUAGGGAGCCCAGGGAAGGGGGGGCAUGCAGUGCAAGUGACAGAAGGGACAACCAAUCUCUGGUGGGAGGGGAGAAUGGGGGAAGUAGGAAUAGAGGCACACACAGUUCCUGGCAUGGGAGACCCUGGCAAAGGGGGAACAGGGUGGAGAGAGAGGGGAUGGGGGUUGCAGUAAGUCCCUGAAAAAGUUCUUGUUUUACACCUUUCCUGCAUUGUCCAGUGCAUAAACUGAGCUGCCACUGCCAAUAGUGAAGGGUUAACAAAAAGAGGGAAGGAGGGGGGAGGAGGAGUCAUGUGGUCGCCAAACAUCCUGGCUCAGUCACUCUUUCCUAUUCUAUAAGUGAGAAUGGUUCUACCAAAAGCAGGGAUGUGCAGUAAGAAAAAUCGCUUGCUCUGUUAUGCUGCCAACCUACAUGUAUUCACUUCUUGAUACAAUAUAAAGGGACCUUUAUGGAGCCCUUUCUCAUUCCUUUGAUGCAGUUCUUUCCUCAUGAUUCCGGGCUGCUGAAUCUAGACUGGCUAGUAAUCUCUGAGCUAAUGUUAGAAGAAAUAAAGUCAUCACUUGUUUUUCAGAUAUU